AGAAGAGGAAAGAGAAAGAGAAGACAAAAAGGGGAAGAGUAACAUUUAACAUUUUAUAAGAAGAAUGAGAAGUACGUGAACAAGAGAAGCAGAAGAAUAAACAGAAGAGGAAGAAGAAGACCCAUCAGUAGAGGAAUACAGAGUAGUAGAAGAAGAUGAGACCCGCAGUCCUGCGCUCCUGCUGACCCAACACUCUCCAUAAUGGGCUCCAAAGAUAAAAAAUCCAAAGACGAGGGCAAGAAGAAGAAGAAAGCGGAGAAGGAGGACUCGGAGUCGGAGGAGGAGGAUGAAGAUUCACGCAAGAAGAAGAAGAAGAAGAGCAAGAAGGGAAACGCAGACAGUGAUGACGACGGCAAGAAGAGCAAAGACAAGAAGAAGAAGAAGAAGAAGAAGAACAAGACGGAGGAUUACGUGGAGAUUUAUGAGAACGAGCUGAGGAACUACGAGCCCGAGAAGGUGGAGAACUAUGAGGAUGAGUACCACAAGAAGAAAGUGUAUGAAGUGGUGACCAUCACCGGAGAUGUAAACGGAGCUGGAACAGAUGCUAAUGUGUUCGUGACGCUGUUCGGGGAUUACGGCAUCACUCCCAAACUACACCUGAGCAGCAAAAAUCGAACUUCGUUUGAGAAAAACAAAACUGACGUCUUCCGGGUAAAAACACACAAUGUGGGCCCUCUGAAAAAAAUCAGGAUUGAGCAUGAUAACACUGGUUUGAACGCCAGCUGGUUUCUGGACCGGGUCGUGGUGACGGACAUGAACAGGCCUCAUCUGCGCUUUUAUUUCGCCUGUAAUAACUGGCUGAGCAGAGAUGAAGGAGACGGGCUGUACGUGCGGGACCUGCUGGGCAGUCUGGACCCCAUGGACAUGCCCAAAUAUAAUAAAUAUGUAGUGAGUGUGUUCACGGCUGAUGUGAAAGGCAGUGGGACUGAUGCAGACGUAUUCCUCAAUAUAUUCGGAGAGUUUGGUGAUACAGGGGAGAGACGACUAGACAAUGAUAAAAAUAACUUUGAGCGAGCAACAGAAGACAAGUUCACCAUGGAGGCUCCAAACCUGGGCAAAAUCAGAAAAAUCACCAUCGGACACAAUAAUAAAGGCUCUUCAGCUGGAUGGUUUGUGGACAAGGUGAUAGUGGAUGAUUUGGGAAAUAAAGCUGUGUAUGAGUUUCCCAUCGGCCGCUGGUUUGCUCUGGAUGAGGAUGAUGGGAAGAUUCAGAGAGAUGUGCUGGUCGGAGGCAGUCAACCCACCGGGAUAGUGUAUAAUGUUCAGGUGGUGACAGGGAACAUCAGAGGUGCAGGGACAAACUCUAAGAUCCAGAUGGUGAUGCACGGAUCCAAAGGCAUAAAGAACAGCGGUAAAAUCUUCCUGGAGGGAGGACAGUUUGAGCGCGGCCUCACCGACAUCUUCAACGUGGAGAUCGCAGCGCUGCUCAGUCCACUCAGCCGCGUCACCAUCGGACACGAUAACGGAGGGGUCAGCCCUGGCUGGUACUGCGACAAGGUGGUGGUCUUCUGUCCAUUCACUGGUAUUGAACAGACAUUCCCCUGCUCUAAAUGGCUGGAUGAGGACGAGGGCGAUGGGAUUAUCGAGAGAGAACUGUAUGAGAUGGUGUCGCUCCGACAGAAGAGGCAGAAGAAACAUCCGUGGUCGCUCUGGAUCUGGACGACGGAUCUUGCCGGAGCUGGAACAGACGCCUCCAUCCUUCUGCAGAUCUACGGAGAAAAGGGGAAAUCUGACGAGAUGAAGCUCGACAACAAAACUGACAACUUUGAGCAGGGCCAACUGGACAAGUUCAUGGUUGAACUGCCAGAUUUGGGAAAACUGACCAAACUGCGGAUCUGGCAUGAGAAGAGGAAUCCGUUCGCCGGCUGGCAUCUGAGUCGAAUAUCCAUAUUGAAAACUCUCACAAAGGAGAAGUUUAAAUUCCCAUGUGAACGCUGGCUGGACACCAAUGAGGAUGAUAAUGAGGUGGUGCGAGAGCUGCCGGCCACAGGAGACCUGAUCGCUGAACCACUGCCUGUGGUAAAGUAUCGAGUGACCGUCUACACAGGGGAUGUGAGCGGCAGCGGGACGGAUGCGCAUGUGUUUCUGUGUCUGAUCGGGGAUCAGGGCGACACUGGUGACCGCAGCCUCAUCAACUGCAAGAACAACAUCAACAAGUUCGAGCGGGGAAACGCUGAUGAGUUCAUCAUCGAGGCGGUCUCCAUCGGGCCGGUGCGCAGGGUUCGUAUCGGUCAUGAUGGUCGGGGUGGAGGCUGUGGAUGGUAUCUGGAUAAAGUGACUAUCCGUGAAGAAGGACAGGCUGAAUCCCAGGCUGUGGAGUUCCCCUGCAACAGAUGGUUCGACCGCAAUGAAGACGAUGGACAGAUAGUUCGAGAGCUGCAGCCGUUUGCAGAUGGACAGAGACUGUACAACGUCAGCUAUCACAUCGCGGUGAAAACAGGCAACGUCACCGGAGGAAGUUCAGACUCUAAAGUUUUCGUGAAGUUGUACGGAGAGAAAGGAGACACCAGUAAAAUGAUGCUCGCCGUCUCCGACAAUAAUCUGCGCAAUUACUUUGAAGUGGGCCGGGUGGACAUCUUCACUCUCGACACUUUAGACAUCGGACAGAUCAACCGUCUCCUGAUCGGACACUCGAAUGAAGGCAUGCGCGCCGGCUGGUUUCUGGACAGCGUUCAGAUUGUGGUUCCUAAUCACGGAAAGCACUACAUGUUCCCCAGUCACCGCUGGCUGUGUGAAGACGAGGCUGAUGGGAAGACGGAAGUGGAGAUUUACCCCAGCGAAAUACUCGACUUUGAGCUAUUGAUAAACUAUGAGAUCACGGUGGUGACAGGAGACAUUUUCGCCGGCGGCACAAAUGCCAACGUGUACAUCCAAAUAUACGGAGAUCAAGGAAAGACAGAGGUGCUCAGACUCAGCAGCAGAUCCAAUAACUAUGAAAGAGGAACCACCGAGAUAUUCAAGGUCGAAGCUAAAGAUGUGGGGAAAAUCUUCAAGAUCCGCAUCAGCAACGAUGACUCGGGCAUCGGAGCCGGAUGGUUUCUGGACCGUGUGGAGAUCAAGCGUCUGGUCAUGGCCAUGGUGCCCAAAGAGAAGAAGGAAGACAAGAAGAAGAAGAAAAAGAGUAAGAAGAAGAGCGAGGAUGAUGAUGAGGAGGAAGGUGGAGAGGAGAUGCGGGAGGUGGUGUUAACCUAUUCAUUUCCCUGCGACCGCUGGCUGGCUUCAGAUGAGGAGGAUGGAGAGUUGGUGGUGGAGCUUCUGCCGGAGGAUACAGAGGACCUGGAGGAGAACACAUAUGAAGUUAACGUGUUCACGGGAAACAUGAUGGGUGCCGGAACGGAUGCUAACGUGUUCAUCAACAUCUACGGGGAAAAUGGAGACACUGGCGAGCGGCACCUCAGAAAGUCCAACCAUAUGAACAAGUUUGAGCGCGGACAGGAGGACGCGUUCUCCAUCACUGCUGUGGAACUGGGGACUCUGAAGAAGCUGCGGAUUCGUCAUGAUAACAGCGGUCAGUCUGCCUGGUAUCUGGACCGUGUGGAGAUCGUGGACACUAAAGACGACACCACGUAUUAUUUCCCCUGUAAUCGAUGGCUAGCGGUGGAUGAAGAUGACGGUCAGAUUGCACGCGAGCUCGUACCCGUAGACGAGGCUUUCAUGAGGAAAGAUGAAGAUGAGGAGGAUUCUGGAGCCACGCUGGGACUGGAGCAGAAAGCGAUGUCCACAACAUACACGCUGCGCAUCAAGACGGGAGAAAAGAAGCACGCUGGAACAGACGCCAAUGUUUUUGCCAUUCUGUUUGGAGAGAAUGACGACACAGGAAUCAUCAACCUGAAGGCAUCUAAGUCCCACAAAAACAAGUUUGAGAAGGGGAUGAUCGAUGUGUUCACCGUGGAGGCCGUGGAUCUCGGAGAACUCCUGAAGCUGAGGAUCGGGCAUGAUGAUGGAGGAAAGUGA